UCUCUCUCUGUCUCAGACUCCACUAUCUCUCUCUAAACUUGCAGGCUGCCACCGCAUCCCAACAAUUUAUGUACCUAUCUUCCCUCCAGACGCCAUUAACACACAAACUCCACCUCUCCAGAACCCGAUCUCUCUCUCUCGCGGCGGAGGAAGUUUCAGAAAACUGCCAUUCGCAUCUCACUUGACUUGCGUUUAUUUUUUACCAGUUACUCUUGUUUUGGUUUAGAUGGGGAAUGAAUGACUACCAUGUGACAUGAUAGGCUCUCAUGGUCAUGGCUUCGCUUAAUUUAUAUCAGCACUUCACCACAAUCACCACCUUGCUUAUUAUAGUCCUGCAUCACCUGUUCUGUCCAAUUUUUUGUUUUAAUCAGCCUCAGCCUUCGACUUCUCGUCGGGAUCUUCUUCUUGAGGAGAAAACCAGGCUAGGUUCGAUGCCUCCUAGCUGCCACAACAAGUGCAACGCGUGCCAUCCAUGCAUGGCGGUUCAAGUUCCAACCUUGCCCAGCCACGAGAAGCUCAAGCCGGGUCUAACCCGAAAGACUCCUCUGAGUUUCUCCGGUCCAUCAUACCCGGGUAACCGGUACUCUAAUUACAAGCCACUGGGUUGGAAAUGCCAUUGUGGUGGCCAUUUUUUCAACCCCUAGAAAUUGUAGCUAAGGAACCAUCUGUCCAGAUUGAGAUUUUUAAUUAUUAUCGUCUCGAUUUGUCCCAUGGAAAAUUGGAAAUUGCCUCUGUUCAUUUAAUCUCGCUGGUUAGCUUAUUAAUCUCGCGUUUGAUUCGAGGAUCCAUGGGAUUGGUUUAGGGCUUGCAGAUAUGCGUCACUAUCUGGUGUCAGAAUUAUUUGUAUACGUUGAAGUUCGAUACACCUGUACAGAGUUUGUUACAGACUUGCAUUUUUCGGAUUUCUGACUCUACGGUGGCGUCUAAAUUCCGAGCAAGCUUCGCAUUUGCCUCCCUCUUGUGUGGCAGGGGUUAGGAGGGGAUUUUUCACGAUCUCUAUGUAUCCUCGAGAGAUUGUGACUUGUGGAUUGCCAUACUUUUUCGAGUGAAAUGACGCAUCUCUAUAUAUUUA